AAAAUCUUUAAACAAACGAGCUUACGAACUAAGGAGUCUCGGGACUAAUUCAAGCUUGACUUAUUAGCUAAUCAGGCUUGCCAUUUCACAAGCCGAGCUCUAGGAGGUUCAUAAGUUGGCUUUAGUCACUUCACACCCCUCCGCAAGUCUUUUGGGCUCUCCACGCUGGUCCGUCUGUGCCGUGCGUUUCAUCACCUCCAUCUUUCCGCGCGACAGCUUCUUCCACCAAAUUCUAAUUACAGAUUAAAACAUCUGGAGAUUGAAUGGUGUGGCUAAAGAAUCCGUGCUUAUUUUCCAAUGUGAUUACUGGAGUUGGUUCCUUCUGGCAGCGAGGUACAUACAGAUGCUUAAAUAAUUUGCGUUGCUCUCAAAAAAUGAUUGAAGGAGGAGAUUAUGAUCGGAUGCAUGGAUUUGGGUAUGCUGCAUUUGCUGAGCAUCCAGUCUUAGGAAUUGAUUGUAUAGGCCUGCUUCCCGGCUCAAAUUCUGGUUUGAGAAUGUUGAAGUUGCAGCAUGACUCUAACAUCCAUUGUAAUCAGCUCAAGAAACUCUCAACUAUAAGCCAUAGGCUUGGAAACUCUAUACGACAGGAGCAUUCCUUGAGCAGAGAGUGGUUGGCAAAGCGCUGGGCUGAAGAAAAGAGAAGGGAAGACAUAAUGCGAAAAAGGAAAAGGAGAUACGCACAAAGUGUGGAGUUCAAGCAGCCUAUGCCGGAUACUGAUAUCAAACUUCCUUUCCUGCAAUCUUUUUUCACCAGAACAAUUCCAGCUGAACAAGUACGGCAAACAAAUGAAGCAUCCAUGCAGCCACCAAUUACUCAAUAUGAGGAGGGAUUUUUAUGUUCACAAACCCCCGAAGAGGCAAACAUGAAUUUUUUUAUUAUUAUUAUAGCGUUUACUUACACGACCUGCGCAUCUAUCUUACUUCAUGCUUUUCUGAAUGUGUGUGUUGAUGGAUUACUGUCACAUUGAUUCAUGAAGUCUGUUUUUGUCAGUACUAAAAGCUUCAUAUAUUCAAUCAGAAGGGAUUUUUAACUUGAAAGGUUACUAAGGUUGCGGAGUGGAUCAACAAAUAUUCAUUCUGAUGUUUUUUUUUUAAUUUUUUUAUCCUGGAAGUAUUAGAUAAGCAAUAAUUUAUUUAUUUAUAGCAUAAUUGAUGGAUUACUGUCACAUUGAUUCAUGAAGUCUAUUUUUGUCAACUCUUAUAAUCUCUCGAUGAAUUUCUCACAAUUAGACACUCUAGUAA